AUGGCUCGAUUUUCUCCUCAACAAAGUCGUCCCGUCCACGCGACGCCUUUCCUCAACCACUCUACUACUCCUUCAGAUGCCAACUAUGACACUGCCAACCCUUCAUAUAUCCGCAAGUACCUGCGCACAUACGGCUUGACUCCUCCCCGUUCCGAGAGCUACGAGACCCAAAAGGCACGAUGCCUGGCUCAGCUGGGUCUGAAGAGCACCGAUAUCGACAAGUUCCAAUAUCUCAGCACUCUGCGCAAGAACAAUGUCCACCUCUUCUACCGUCUGGUCACCGACCACUUGAGGGAGCUUACUCCCUUGAUCUAUACCCCGGUCGUGGGCGAGGCCUGCCAACGGUGGUCUGAGAUCUACCAGCAGCCCGAGGGCAUGUACCUUAGCUGGGAAGAUCGGGGAAAUCUGGCCGCCGUGAUCGCCAAUUGGCCUCAGCCUAAUGUGGAGAUCACAUGCAUCACCGAUGGCUCCCGCAUCCUCGGACUGGGAGAUCUGGGCAUCAACGGCAUGGGUAUCCCCAUUGGCAAGCUCGCCCUUUACACGGCCUGUGCGGGUAUUCGUCCCGAGGCCACCCUGCCUCUGACUCUGGACCUGGGCACCAGCAACAAGACCCUCCGGGAAGACCCGUUGUACAUGGGUAGCCGUCGCGAUAAGAUCUCCGCCGAAGAGGAGCGGGAGUUCUUGGACGAGCUGAUGUCCGCUCUCACCGAGCGCUGGCCUGGUAUUGUCAUCCAAUUCGAGGACUUCAAGAAUCCAUUCCCCGCACUCGAGCGUUACCGGGACUCGUACACCUGCUUCAAUGACGACAUCCAGGGUACUGGCGCGGUGAUUCUCGGCGGCGUGAUGAACGCCGUCAAGCGCUCCGGCCUACCCUGCAAGGACCACCGCGCCGUGUUCCUCGGAGCCGGUUCGGCCGGUGUCGGUGUCGCCAAGCAGAUCGUCGAGUUCUUCAUGCGUGAGGGCAUGUCCGAGGAGGAUGCUCGCAACUGCUUCUACCUGGUCGACACCAAGGGUCUGGUCACUGCUGACCGUGGUGACAAGCUCGCCGACCACAAGGUGUACUUUGCUCGCCAGGACAACAAGGGCCAGCAGUUCAAGACUCUGGAGGAGGUCAUUGACCAUGUCCAGCCCACUAUCCUGAUGGGUCUGUCCACUCUGGGCGGUGUUUUCACCCCCGAGAUCCUCCGCAAGAUGGCCGACUGGAACACUGCCCCCAUCAUCUUCCCCCUGUCCAACCCUUCCUCCAAGUCCGAGUGUGACUACGAGAGCGCCGUCAAGCACACCGAUGGUCGUUGCCUUUUCGCCUCCGGCUCUCCUUUCCCCGCCAUGUCCUUCACCAACUCUGCCGGCGAGACCCGCACGUAUUACCCCGGCCAGGGUAACAACAUGUACGUCUUCCCCGGUAUCGGUCUGGGCAGCAUCCUGUCCAAGGCCGUCCGUGUCACCGACAGCAUGAUCUAUGCUUCGGGUGAGGCUCUCUCCGCCGCUCUGACUGCCGAGGAGAUCGAGCGUGGUCUUCUCUAUCCCGACAUCACUCGCAUCCGUGAGGUCAGCAUUGUCGUCACCCGCAAGGUGAUGCGUGCUGCCCAGGCCGACGGUGUCGACCGUGAGACUGCUCUCCGCAAGAUGAGCGACUCCGACCUGGACAACUACAUCAAGACCCGCAUGUACGACCCUCACACCGAGGUGCGCUCUCUCGAGCGCGAGGUCGGCCACCUGCUGUCCAGCCUGGGCAACCUGUCGCCCAUCCUGAACGGCUCCCCUACCGAGGAGAAGCCCAAUGGCUCGAAGCUGAUCCCCGUCUGA